AUGGAACACGCAAAGAAAAAAAGGGGUGAAAAUUGGAGUUCAGAAGAAAAGAAUAUACUGCGUCAACUUAUUGCCGAGUCGGCUAAAAUACUCGAAGAUAAGUCGACGAAAACAAACAAUGUAGCAAAUAAGAGAGAGCAGUCCAAAACAGGAGGUGGCAACAAGCCCCCGUCACCUUCUCCAGAGGACCUGGAAGUCAUGGCUAUUGCUCCUCAUGACUUUGUUGUAGACGUGUGUGACUGUGACAGUGAUGCAGUGAUGACAAAUACAACAACAGCAAUAGUUGAAGACCCUGAUACUGGCCAUAGCUCAAUAGAACCAAUUGUAGUGAUCAUAAGUGAUGAAAAUGUAGAGUCCAGUAUUGAAGAAAAACAAGUGAUCUACACCAGUGAAACUGUGCAAACAAAAAGUAGUGUAGAAAUAGAAGAAAAUAAACCAAAAAACAAGAAAAAAGGGAAAACCGCCUCCCUAAAUAGAAAUGAAGAAGGGCGUCAAGCUAUUAUAAAUAGUAACACAGAAUUUAAAAAAAAGCAGCUUGCUAUGUUGGAAGCCCAGCACUUCUAUCAAAAUAAAAUGUACCCCCUUCUGGUUAUAUAUUCCCCAUAA